AUGGCAGAAACCGGUACCGAUCGUGGUGCCGGCGAAGGCCAGGCUCAGUCAGAAGUUGCCCAGAUUGAGCUGGCUGAAGUAAGCGCUUUCAUACCAUACCUGCGUCGCAUGGUGAAAGUUUUAGUUGAAGAUGAUGCAGAUGAUAAGGAAAAUGUUGACUACUUGUCAGCUUUGGACGACUGCAUGAAGAUGCCCGCGACGAUCGAAUGCCUCCGCAAGUUCAUCGCUGAUCAGCAAACCCAGGUUCUUCUCAUAGAACGCAUUCGUCUCAAAGAAAACGAAGACAGUUCACAAAUGUCUGACCAUGAAUUGGAACCUUUGAUGAAUGUCGUCUAUCAAAUGUCGCUGGACGUCCACUUCACCAAUCCGAGAACAGUGGGAAUUGUCUUAAUAAAGUGUGGGCCCGUGAUUGAAGCAGAGAAACCUUUCAAUAAGCAGGUUCGGUUCCUAAGUCUUAGCGAUGGUUCACCUUACGAAACUUUACACUCAUACAUCAGCGCUGCGGUGUCUCCUUACUUCAAGUCGUAUAUCAAAGAGUCUGGCCGAGCAGAAAGUUAUCGUGAUGGCGACAAAGUGGCCCCAUCAGUCGAGAAGAAGUUGAUGGAACUGGAAAUGGGUCUGUUGCAUCUGCAGCAAAACAUCGAGAUCCCUGAAGUGACACUUGUAAUACAUCCGAUGGUGCAGGCCGUUGUGAAAAAAGCAGCUGAGAAGAACACCCAUCCAUCCAUAAGUGACCUUGGUGACCUAAUCGAUGAUUCAACGUUCUUGAAUCAGCUUCAGAAUGGCGUUAAUCGCUGGAUUAGAGAAAUACAAAAAGUAACAAAAUUGGAUAGAGACCCAACAAGUGGUACUGCCCUCCAGGAAAUCACAUUUUGGCUGAAUUUAGAACGUGCACUGAUCAAAUUGCAGGCAAAACGGGAGUCCCCAGAAGUAACCCUCACGCUGAAUAUACUUAAGCAUGGAAAACGUUUCCAUGCCACAGUCAGCUUUGAUACAGACACCGGAUUAAAACAAGCAAUUGAUAUGGUCAAUGAUUACAAUUUGCUUAUGAAAGACUUUCCCGUUAAUGACCUGUUGAGCGCAUCAGAACUAGAUCGCAUACGAAUGGCGGUCACGGCAAUUUUCAACCAUCUGAGAAAGAUUAGAAAUACAUAUUAUCCUGUUCAAAGAUGUCUACAUCUGCUGGAAACAAUAUCUAAAGACCUGCAGCUGCAGAUGCUAAAGGUUCUCAGCGUUCGACGACUAAUGCACAUCAAUUUUGAAGAGUUCGAUAAGAUCAUGAAUCAAGCAUUUGAAAUUUUUUCUUGCUGGGAUGAUGAAUACGACAAACUUCAGUUGUUGCUACGUGACUUGUUGAAGAAGAAACGCGACGAACAAUUCAAGAUCGUGCUUCGCCUCUCUCCCAUUCAUAAACGAUUACAAACGCGUCUGGAGCAGAUGAGAAGAUUUCGAAGACAACAUGAACAACUACGAACGGUGAUUGUUCGCGUACUGCGUCCGGUUCCACAGAUGGCAACUCAACAAGAUGAACUUGUUUCACCAGAAAUUGAAAAUCCACCUAUAUUGGAUACCGCUGAUGCGCAGGCUAUUGAGGUCGAUGUUGCAUACGAACAUGUGAAAGACAUCGAUUGCUUGGACCUGACGAAAGAAGGUAUCGAGGCCUGGGAGUCGGCUUUGAAACGUUAUGAGGAAAGAAUCGAUCGUGUUGAAGCACGAAUCACAACUCGUUUACGAGAUCAGCUAGAGUCGGCCAAAAACGCGAACGAAAUGUUCAGGAUUUUUUCACGUUUUAACGCGUUAUUCGUUCGUCCGCACAUCCGUGGGGCAAUUCGUGAGUAUCAGACGCAGCUGAUCCAACGAGUGAAGGAAGACAUUGAGACCUUGCAUGAAAAGUUUAAGGUGCAAUAUAUCCAAAGCAAAGCCAGUUCAAUGAGCCGUGUACAUGAUUUGCCUCCGGUUUCAGGUUCGGUCAUUUGGGCUCGACAGAUCGAUCGUCAAUUAUCGCGUUAUCUUCGUCGCGUGGAAGACGUGCUCGGCAAGGGUUGGGAAAAUCACAUCGAAGGACAGAAGCUGAAAGCGGACGGCGACAGUUUUCGACUAAAACUCAAUCCACAGUCCAUCUUUGACGCAUGGGUUGCCAGAGUACAGGCAAGAAAUAUCGGGGUUUCUGGAAGAAUCUUUCUUGCAGACACGGUCCGCGGCUAUGAUGGAAAAUCGACGUUGCGCCUGCGCGUUAAUUUCCCGUUGGAGAUCACAGCAUUGUCUAAAGAGGUGCGAAACUUCAAGCAUAUGGGUUUUCGGGUACCUCUGGCUAUAGUGAACAAAGCCCACCAGGCAAACGAGCUCUAUCCGUUUGCCAUUUCGCUCAUUGAAUCAGUGCACAUUUACGAGUCGAUGAAUGUGCGUAUCGUUGGUCGAAAGUGCAUUGAGCUGCUCAUCGCCGGCACGAAAAAAGAAAUUCAGCAGUUAAUCAUUGAGGGAACAAACCUGGUAUGGGAGUCGUACAAACUGGAUUCGUAUGUGAAACGUUUUUCUGAGCUGGUCACCCAUUACGAAGAGAAGGUCGAAGAGUUGCUAAACAUGGAGGAGCAAAUUAGCCUUCAGUUGACGCUGUUGGAUACAUGCCAGUACGCAGCGCCGGUAUUUCAGCAGAUCUUGGCUACUAUUCAGAAGAUUGUCGACAACCUGAGUUUGCAUCUGUUUUCAAAUUUGGUGAUUUGGGUCGAACAGCUGGAUGAACAGAUAGAGAAGAAAUUGGCUUUCCGACUGCAAGAAGGUGCGAAAGCAUGGACGGCUGUGUUGCAAGGAAAACCGAAGGAGGAAUUCGAUUCGACCGAAAAUAUUCCAGAGAAGGUCAAGCUUAGCCUGGGAGGCGAUCCUAAGCUUCAGCAACUUAUUCAUGAGAUCCGCCUCACGCAACAGGUAAUGUACUUGAGUCCAAGUGUUGAAGAGGCACGCCAAAACUUGCUGCAACAGCUGUUUGCGUGGGAGGCUAUAGUCUGCACGCAGAGUCGGAUUUCUUCCACCAGAUAUCAGGUUGGUGCCGAGCGGUCGAACACCAUCACUAACUACCGUAACGUGUUGGGCAUUCUGCCAGAAGGACAGAAAUGUUUAGAUAAAGCGUAUGCCUGUGCUGACGAUGUGAUCAGCGAAGUGAAAUCAUACGUUGAUGAUUGGCUGCGAUAUCAGGCGCUGUGGGAUCUUCAACCGGAAACUCUGUUCGAACGUUUGGACAACAACCUGCCGAAAUGGAUGACGACCUUGCAGGAAAUCAAAAAGACGCGCAGCACAUUCGAUACCGCUGAAACGCGGAAGCAGUUCGGCCCUAUUAUCAUCGAUUACGCAAGAGUUCAGUCGAAAGUAUCCUUAAAGUACGAUUCUUGGCACAAAGAUGUGCUGAAGAGAUUCGGAUCUUUGCUUGGAUCGGAAAUACAGCAACUGUACUCAACGGUCAGCAAAUCUAGAGGAGAUUUAGAACAACAAAGUGUCGAUGCAGGAAGCACCUCAGAAGCUGUUGGUUUCAUUACCUAUGUUCAGAAUCUGAAGCGCAAAACGGCCGAAUGGGAGCCCCAAGUUGAUCUGUUCAAAGAAGGACAGAAAAUUUUGGAACGUCAACGAUUUCAAUUUCCCAGCAGUUGGCUAUACUCAGAUAAUCUCGACGGCGAAUGGAGUGCAUUCUGUGACAUUCUUGGGCGUAAAGACUCUGCAAUUCAGACGCAGGUUACGUCGCUGCAAAACAAAAUUAAGAAGGAGGAUGAAGUAGUCAAGAGCCGUACAACUGAACUGUUGUCAGAAUGGGACCGUCAGAAACCGAAUGAGGGUAGUCAGAAGCCGGAUUUGGCGCUACAGUCGUUGUCAGUUUACGAACAUAAGCUAAUGCGACUGAAAGAGGAUGCGGACAACAUCAUCAAGGCUAAGGAGGCGCUGGAGCUGCCAGAAACCGUCCACGUUUCACCUUUACACGAAAGAUUGUGCGCGUCAAUCGAAGAGUUGAACGACUUGAAGAACGUGUGGAAUGCAAUGAAGCCACUUCAUCAGGCGAUAGACGAAAUUCGCGAAAAAUCGUGGGUCAGCGUACAACCGAAGAAACUCAGACAAAGCAUUGACGCACUGCUGAACCAGAUGCGGGAGCUGCCCUCGGACUAUCGGAACUAUGAGUCUUACGACUACGUCAAGAUGCUUCUGCAAGGUUAUGCUAAGAUGAAUAUUCUCGUUAUUGAACUAAAAUCUGAGACCCUGAAAGAACGGCACUGGAAACAACUAAUGAAACAACUGAAAGUGAAUUGGGUUUUGUCUGAACUCACACUUGGACAGAAACACGAAGCUACCAUCAAGGACAUAAUUUUGGUGGCCCAGGGUGAAAUGGCUUUGGAGGUUUUCCUCAAACAGCUGCGCGAGUAUUGGCAAAAUUUCGAACUGGAUCUAAUAAAUUACCAGAGUAAAACAAAACUCAUCCGGGGUUGGGACGAUCUGUUUAACAAGUUGAAAGAUCACAUCAAUGGCAUCAGUGCAAUGAAGCUUUCUCCAUACUACAAGGAAUUCGAAGAAGAUGCCGCAGUGUGGGAGGAAAGACUUAACCGCAUCACGUCGCUGUUCGACGUCUGGAUCGACGUGCAGCGUCGUUGGGUCUAUCUCGAGGGCAUAUUCAGUGGCUCCGCGGACAUCAAAACAUUGCUGCCCGUUGAAACGUCAAAGUUCAAAAGGUGA